ACGGGGAGUGUCCCGAGCGAAAAGCAUAAACAGCGGCCCUGCUCUCCGCUGCUCCGCCGUCUCGACGCCUCUCUGCUCCCGCUGUAGCCAGAAGCGCUCACCGCGGCUCAGUCAGGUCCACGCCCGUCCAUUCGUCCUUCCUUCCCCGAUCACAGUCUACGCGUCCAGGCAGGAUGGCAGCGCACCACCCAGAGUUCGAGCGGGCCGGACAGAAGCCGGGUCUCCAGGUGUGGAGGGUGGAGAACUUUGACCUGGUGCCCGUUCCGGAGAACCUGUACGGGGGAUUUUACACCGGAGACGCCUACCUCAUCCUCAACACCAUCAAACAGCGCUCCGGGAACCUGCAGUACGACCUCCACUUCUGGCUGGGUGAUUUCUGCACGCAGGAUGAGAGCGGCUCGGCGGCUAUCUUUACAGUCCAAAUGGACGACUUCCUGGGGGGGAAACCCAUCCAGUACCGCGAGGUCCAGGGACAUGAGUCCAAAACCUUUCUGGGCUACUUCAAGUCUGGAAUCAAAUACAUGAAAGGGGGCGUGGCGUCUGGGUUCAAGCACGUCGUCACCAACGAGGUGGUUGUGCAGCGUGUGUUCCAGGUCAAAGGUCGCCGUGCUGUCCGGGCAACAGAGGUGCCAGUCAGCUGGGACAGCUUCAACCAAGGAGAUUGCUUCAUCCUGGACCUGGGAGAUGAGAUUUUCCAGUGGUGUGGCUCCCAGAGCAACCGCUUCGAGAAACUGAAGGCCACGCAGGUCGCCAAGGGUAUCCGUGACAAUGAGCGCAGUGGAAGGGCCCGAGUUUAUGUCUGUGAUGAGGGUAUGGAGAGAGAGAAGAUGUUAGAGGUUUUAGGUCCUAAACCAGAUCUGCCUGCCGGAGCCACAGAUGACAUCAAAGCUGAUGCUUCAAAUAGGAAGAUGGCCAAACUGUACAAGGUGUCCAAUGCCAGUGGAGGCAUGACCAUUGCACUGGUGGCAGCAGAGAACCCCUUCGCCCAGAGCGCUCUGGAGACCGGUGACUGCUUCAUCCUGGACCACGGCUCUGAUGGCAAGAUCUUCGUCUGGAAAGGCAGAGAUGCCAACAUGGACGAGCGAAAGGCAGCGAUGAAGGCAGCAGAGGAGUUCAUCAAGAAGAUGGGUUACCCCAAACACACUCAGGUGCAGAUCCUGCCGGAGAUGGGCGAGACGCCGCUCUUCAAGCAGUUCUUCAAAAACUGGCGGGACAAGGAUCAGACAGUGGGCCUGGGCGUCGCCUACAUCGCCAACAGCAUCGCCAAGAUCGAGAAGGUGGCCUUCGACGCCGCCAGCCUGCACAACUCCCCUGCCAUGGCCGCCCAGCACGGCAUGGUGGAUGACGGCAGCGGAGAGAAACAGAUCUGGCGUAUCGAGGGAUCCGACAAGGUGACAGUGGAUCCGUCAACAUAUGGACAGUUCUAUGGAGGAGACAGUUACAUCAUCCUGUACAACUACCAUCACGGAGGACGUCAGGGACAUAUCAUCUAUAUGUGGCAGGGCAUGGACUCCAGUCAGGAUGAGAUCGGGGCCUCAGCGAUCCUCGGGGCGCAGCUGGAUGAUGAGCUCGGUGGUGGUCCUGUCCAGGUUGUUGGUGCUCCCAUAACCACUCAGGUGAGGGUGGUGCAGGGGAAAGAGCCGGCCCAUCUGAUGAGUCUGUUUGGAGGACAGCCAAUGGUGGUGUACAAGGGAGGAACGUCCAGAGAAGGAGGUCAGUCCGCUCCUGCAGAGACUCGACUCUUCCAGGUGCGAUCCAACUCUGCAGGACACACUAGAGCUGUGGAGCUUGACGCAGUGGCAGCCAACCUGAACUCCAAUGAUGCUUUCAUUCUGGUGACCCCUGGAGGCUCCUUCAUGUGGGUGGGAGUGGGUGCCAGUGACACAGAGAAGCAGGGUGCUCAGCAGCUGUGUAACAUCCUGGGAGUGUCGACCUCUGAGCUGUCUGAGGGAGGAGAGACUGAUCAGUUCUGGGAGGCUCUGGGAGGAAAGACAGAAUAUCGCACUUCUACCAGACUCAAGGACAAGAUGGACACUCAUCCACCCAGACUCUUUGCCUGCUCCAAUAAGACUGGAAACUUCAUUAUUGAGGAGGUACCCGGGGAGUUGACCCAGGACGACCUCGCCACUGAUGAUGUCAUGAUCCUCGACACCUGGGAGCAGGUGUUUGUCUGGAUUGGAAACGAGGCCCAAGAGGAAGAGAAGACUGAAGCCAUGGCAUCUGCGGUCCGCUACAUCGAGACAGAUCCGGCCAAAAGAGAUCGCAGGACACCUAUCGUCAAGAUCAAGCAGGGCUUCGAGCCGCCCACCUUCACCGGCUGGUUCCUGGGCUGGGACCACGACUACUGGACCAGCGACCCUCUGGAGCGUGCUAUGGCUGAGCUGGCCCUGUGAGCUCUCAGACCCACUUCACCUUUCACCUUUCACCCUGCUGCUCUGCUUCAAGCACCGGGCUCCAAUCAGAGACUUUUUUAGCUGCCAAUACGCCCUGAAAAUGAGUUAUUUCCUUUUUUUACAUUUUGAUGUGUCUUUAAAGGGAUAGAGGUCUAUAAAGCUUUGUCUCACAUGCUACAGCGAUGCCUUUAUACCCGUUAUUGAAACCAACCAAUGACAAUAGAGCUUCAACAGAUACACAGGCUUCCUGUAGGGUUUUGCACUAGAUAGUCAACUACUAUGACUUUUAUUGAAGGCAAUUUUUUUUUCAUUUAUAUUUUGACAAUAAAACCUGUUCACUAGUGAUGUGCAAUGACAACAAACGUACAAUGAGACAGUUAAAAGCCAUGGUGUCCUGCAACAUUGGGAAACUCACUGCCAAGAAAACACUGCUUAUUAAAAGCAAUACAACCAAUGCCUUAAUAUUCUUUCCUCUAGUUUGCAGUUAUCCUCUUUUUUUAAUGGUACUGUUCUAGUUUAUGGAUGCCUUUAUAGACAAGCUGUUUGUACCUUCAGUUUAGAUGUCACUUAUGAUAUUUAUUUUUUUUUAAAUGCCAAGAUUUUUGUCCAGGAAGCCUGUGUGAUGCUGCAGUUUAACAGGAAACCGAUGCUUUGCUGCUUAACAAACCAGUUACGUCUUCUGUGACACUUACUGAGGUUUCCCUAUGCCUUGUUAUCAUUUCAAUAAAACCAAAUUAAUGUUAAAAGUGUUAAUGUCUCUGCUUUUACAAACACUUACCUGCAGCUCUGUCCUGAAAGAAUGAAAUCCAUAGAAUAAAAAUGAUGACUUUGAUAGCAUCUUUAUUUAAAGUCUUUAUAUAUAAGUAUUAUGUCAAGAUAAAACCAUAUCAAACAUUAGCAAACUGUACAAAAAAAGUAGUUCACUGCAAAAACUAAUAUAACCAUAAAUCCUGCACUUGUAAAACAUUGACACUGACGUGACCUUUUUUUUUUUUU